GUAUCUCUAUAUUCAGAGCACCCAGUACAAGUCGGUGGAGCGGGUGGUGCAGACUCUGAAGAACCUGUGCUGUGCUCUGGACGAGACGGAGACCCAGGCCAUCACUGAGGCCGUCAAAAGGCUGAAACACUCCGUCAACUUACCCCAGACACGCUCCCCCAAGAUGGGAUCCACAUCGUCUGGUCAAUCGUCAAAUGGCCACAGCAGUCCUGUGGAGGAGGGCAUGGCCUCACUGACUCAAGCUGUGUACGAUCUGGCCAAACUCUACCUGCGCUCCUUCUGCCCCCCGUCCACCUCCUUCAACUCCCCCCCGCUGCCCCAGGCUGCAGAUGGAGAAGGCAUGGAGGGGAUAAGCAGCAAAGAAGCUUCCGGCACCACAGACCACCUUCAGUUCACUCUGUUCGCGCUGCAUGGCAUCCCGGCCCACUGGGUCAGCAG